GCCGAAGAAAUGCGGGAAGUCUCUUCCCUUUGGCAAAUCUGUCUAUUUGCUGUCGCUGAGUGAUGACGUAAGAGCGCAUGCCGAAGCGUGUGUGGAGCGGUGGGUGGGAUCUAUCCUCUGCUCCAAGGUGCCUGUGAAGUGCAAGGCGCGGCAGUGGCCCCGCGCUCGGCAGGAUCAUGGUGGGCAAGACCAGCGCCAUCGCCGCGGGCCUCUGCGGGGCUCUCUUCAUUGGCUACUGCAUCUACUUUGACCGCAAGAGGAGAAGCGACCCCAAUUUCAAGAACCGGCUGCGGGAACGAAGGAAGAAACAGAAGCUUGCCAAAGAGAGAGCAGGACUUUCAAAGCUGCCUGAUCUAAAAGAUGCGGAAGCAGUUCAGAAGUUCUUCCUUGAAGAGAUACAGCUUGGCGAGGAAUUACUAGCACAAGGUGAAUAUGAAAAGGGUGUUGAUCACUUAACAAAUGCCAUUGCUGUUUGUGGGCAGCCACAGCAGUUACUACAAGUUCUACAGCAGACUCUUCCACCGCCAGUUUUUCAAAUGCUUCUUACUAAACUCCCAACAAUUAGCCAGAGAAUUGUAAGUGCACAGUGCUUGGCUGAAGAUGAUGUGGAAUGAGAAAUCGCAACAGGGGGAAAAGUGUUUCUUUAGCCCCAAAGAUGAGCAUCAUUGGGGGUGGGAGUGGGGUAAAGGAGCAAGCAUAGUCGUUAUAAUGGACAGUAUACCAUAUUGAAAUCUACCAAAGUUGGUUUAAACUUUGAGUAGGUUUGUUUGGCUGAAUUUUAUUUAUUAUCUAGUGCAAAGUGUAUUUUGAUAAAUUCAUUUUAUAAAUACACCAUGUUGAGUUAUAAAAUGUAUCACUAGUGUCAUUUAUUACCAAUUCAGUUGUAACAUUGUACAUAUAAAAGAUGUAAAAUUACAACAUAAAAUACCCUAUGCUCAUUUUUGAAGAAACAAAGCUGAGGCAAUAAAGAUUUACCUGUG